CCGGGAUUGGUGGGAGGAUCGUGGGGGAGCGGCAGCUCAGGACGGAAUACGGCAAUGACCGCCUCGGUCGCGAGGGUGACCCUGCCCCGGGCUGCUGUGGGGGCGCAAGAACCCUUUCACUUUACGGCGAGAUUAAGCUCAGGGUCAAGUUCUGAGCAAAAAGUGUCAAGGAGCCUUUUUGCAACCUCCUAUACUAUUGAAACAGAUUCUGUGCCCUUUAAAGGAGAUAAUUAACAUCUGGGGAGCGCUUUACAAUUUAGAAAAGGCCUUACACAGGCCUGUUUCAUCUUCACAACAAUCUUAUAAAACAGAUAUAUUGUUCCCAUUUCCCAAAUAAUGAAACAGAAGCGCUGAAAAGCUGGAGUACAAUGGCACCAUCUCAGCUCACCGCAACCUCCGCCUCCUGGGUUCAAGUGAUACUCCUGCCUCAGCCUCCCGAGUAGCUGGGAUUACAGGUCCGCGCCACCUUUAGGAGCUGUAACACUCACCAGGAAGGUCUGCAGCUUCACUCCUGAAGCCAGCGAGACCACGAACCUACUGGAAGGAAGGAACAAUUCCAGAUGCGCCGCUUUUAAGAGCUGUAACACUCACCAUGAGGGUCUGCGGCUUCAUUCAGCGAGACCAAGAACCGACCGAUUAUGGACACACUGGGACUACAGGUAAAGUGAACAGAGUUAUCUGUGACAUUCCAUCAGGCACCUAUGUAAGGAAAUCGUACCCUAAUAACUCACCAUGGCGUAUGGAGUGCCAAGAAAGAACACAGUGAAAACCAUUUUGUGGGGCAGUUGUUAUAAUGUACAGGAACCUUGGGAUCUUGCACUGCUUGCAAAGACCUGGUACACGAACCUAGCCAAUAUCAAGUUACCUUUCUUGGAAGAAAUUUCAUUUGGUGGUUCUGUGCAGCUCACAAAAUGUAACACCAUUAAAGAUGGACUGCUCCCUUCUGCACAAUCUAUCAAACUCGAAAGGGAGUAUGAAGUGAAGCGUCUUUGUAAACUGAAAUGUCAAGAAAAUACAUCUAAGGAAAUUCAGCUUCUCCUGAGGGAAAGGCCAGCCGGUUUGAGAAGACCUCUUCCAUCUAAAUGACAGUCAGUUCAUAAUUGAAUCUGUACUCUGUCUCUUGCAUCCAUCCAAAGGGCAUGAAGGUCUCUGGACCUGUCACUAUGUAAAGUUCAGGGCAGGUAUUUGAAUGCCCACUGGUGGAUGGGCCACUGCCCACAGCUGUGGGUUAGUAGCCAGUUCUGACAGAUCUUCCAAGUCCCUGACAUACUCUUGUUCCUUGUGUCACAAGCGACAGCACUGUAAGUAGAUGAAAAUGUAUUUGGAGUUGAGUCGUUUGUGCUAUUCAUUUUAAUUUUUGUAAAAUUGCACUAAAAGAAGAGGAAAUUUCUUCAGUUGCAUUGUUUUCAAAAGACAUCUUGAAUAUGCAUCUUUGAGAUCCCAAGGAGGGACCAAAAGAAGGCAAGAGAGAAAUUCUCUUAAAAAUGAUAAACUGAAAGAUUUCAUUUGGUUAAGAAAAAUAAUGACUUCAUUUUUAGUACCUCUCUAUUUUCCAAUUUUCUUUUUUAAAAAAUAUAUAUAUUUUUUAUUAUACUUUAAGUUCUAGGGUACAUGUGCACAACGUGCAGGUUUGUUACAUAUGUAUACAUGGGCCAUGUUGGUGUGCUGCACCCAUUAACUCGUCAUUUACAUUAGGUAUAUCUCCUAAUGCUAUCCCUCCCCCAUACCCCCACCCCACAACAGGCCCCCGUGUGUGAUGUUCCCCUUCCUGUGUCCAAGUGUUCUCAUUGUUCAAUUCCCACCCAUGAGUGAGAACAUGCGGUGUUUGGUUUUUUGUCCUUGCGAUAGUUUGCUGAGAAUGAUGGUUUCCAGCUUCAUCCAUGUCCCUACAAAGGACAUGAACUCAUUAUUUUUUAUGGCUGCAUAGUAUUCCAUGGUGUAUAUGUGCCAUAUUUUCUUAAUCCAGUCUAUCAUUGUUGGACAUUUGGGUUGGUUCCAAGUCUUUGCUAUUGUGAGUAGUGCCGCAAUAAACAUAUGUGUGCAUGUGUCUUUAU